GAUACACGACAGAAAAGAAAAAAAUAAUUGUUGCAUAUAAUUUGUUUUGUUGAUGAAUAUAUAAACCGUUUAUGUUUAAAAUUAAAUAUAUAUUUUAAUUAUAACUUAAAUAUGUUCGUGGAGUCUAAUAUGAAUCCAACAAACAUUUAUUGUGACAGAAAUGAAGAAAAACAAAGUUUUGACCUUAAUAAAUCUUGUCGGGUGUGCCUUUCACAUAAUAUAAAUAUGAUAAAUAUAUUUGAAGACUCUAACAGUGAAAUUAUGGAUAAAAUAGAGUUCUGUACUGGUAUUCAGUUAAAAGAAGAAAAAGGCCUACCAACAAAUAUAUGCGGUAAAUGUCUAAAUGAAUUAUCAAUAGCCUACAAGUUUAAAGCGAUAUGCCUCCUCUCAGCACAGACGUUACAGCAAAUUUAUUUAAAGAGAAUAAAAAUCGAUAUACCGGACGAUAAAGGUGAUGUACUGGAUAGUUGUGUCAAAAUUGAUGAAGUUAACGAUAGUUGUGAUUUAAAAGACACAGAAGUUGAAUCAGAUCAUUGUGAAGAUUCAUCGGAUAAAGAAGAAAAAUGUCUACGAGAUGUUAAAAAAGAGGGACAAAAGUUGCUUAAAGAAAAGGAGAGUAAAAUAGAAAUAGAGAACAAAGAAAUAAAUAAACGAGGUCCAUACAAGAAGGGUGGAGGUCCACGCUUAAAGAAGUUCAAAUUUAGUAGGUUAAGAUGUGAGCCUUGCGACCUCAAGUUUACAUCCAAGCAGGAGUCGGAUAAGCAUAAGAAAGACGCGCAUCUGGAGAAUAUCAGCUGGAUUUGUGAAAUAUGCGGCAAGACGUUCGUGCACCGCAGCUCGCUGUACACGCACGCGCGCUCGCACUUUCCGCCUCGCUACGCGUGCGAACACUGCGACUAUAGCUCCGCCAUCAAGUACGACCUUGAGAAGCAUCUCAGGAUACAUUUGGGAGUGAAGAAGUACAAGUGCUCGUCGUGCGCGGCGCGCUUCCACACGACGUCCAACCUGCGCGCGCACGAGCGCCGCGCGCACCGCCCGCCCGAGCGCGCCGCGCGACACGCGUGCGCGCGCUGCCCGCGGCGCUUCCACGACCGCUCCAAGCUGCGCCGCCACCUCGACGCGCACGACCACGUGCAGCGAUUUAAGUGCGAGCUUUGCCUCGCGCGGUUUACUCGUCGCUGUCACUGGAAGAGGCAUUUGGAGAGACAGCACUCCGUGGCGGUCCCCCCCCAGCGGCCCGGGCGGCGACCCACGCGCCUGUUGCUGGGGGAGCAGCCGCAGUGACACGCCGUCGGCAGGAGACGGUGUUGCGGCGAGACGCAGGCCGACCGGGAUAGGACCUCCUGUUACCGGUCACACAACAAGUAUCUGAGAAGCGCCAGUGAAAUAUGUUAAAGAUCCCACGUGCCUUCUUUUAUACAUCUUACGACGAAAACCGCAUCAUGAUCCAACGUGCGGUUUGAAAUGCGAUAUUGUUUUAUUAUAUAUAAUUUUAAAAUUAUUUGUGAUGUUCUUUUUUUUAUAGCAUAGGAAGGCGGACGAGCAUAUGGGCCACCUGAUGGUAAGUGGUCACCAACGCUAAGAUGUUAUGUCCCUUGUUCCUGUAAUUACACUGGCUCACACAACAAUACCAAGUACUGCUGUUUUGCGGUAGAAUAUCUGAUGAGUGGGCGGUAUCUACCCAGACGAGCUUGCACAAAGCCCUACCACCAGUUCCAAUAAAUUCCAGUGGCAAUAUAUAUAUAUAUAUAUUGCUCAUUCCUCAGCAAAUGGUGCAUUUACUGAUUAAAUUAAACCACUGAAUAAAUUCUCAUCUUUUAUUAAUAAUUCACAAAUUAAAUUAACUGAAUUUUCAUAUGCUUAAUUUGUGAUUAUAACUAUUGGACUUAAUUAAAGUGCCCCUUGACAGCCACUGGGUCAAGUAUGACCCUGGCCUUUCAGUUUACCAUGUAGGAUGAGCUCGGGUACGGAGGAAUGUACCCAGAUUGGCUUUUUGCAAGUCAGAACGAACCCUCAAACAAAAGUGUCUGCAAGCUAAUGCGAACAUUACUCAAUAGACUUCACUAUUAACAUUUUGAAUACGGUAAAGCAAAACAUCGUGAGAAAACCUGCGUGUGUCUUAUUUCAUUGAAAUUCUGUCACAUGUGUAUUCCACCAACCCGCAUCGGAGCGGCGUGGUGGAAUAAGCUAAACUUUCUCCUAAAAAAAGGGAGAGGAGGCCUUAGCCCAGCAGCGGGACAUUCACAGGCUGUUGUUGAGCGGGCUUCAAACCCCCGCCCAUCUGGGGGCGCAUACACUUGUCGGAAGUGCGGCCGGAGGAUCCUCUCUCGCAUUGGUCUUUUCAGUCAUGAACGCAAGUGCCUUCGCGAUGCCGCUUAAAUCAUCUGUCAAAGAUGCAGAGGCCUAUAUAUAUAUUUAAUUUAUCACAUCAAGCUCGUCUGGGUAGGUACCACCCACUCAUCAGAUAUUCUACCGCAAAACAGCAACUUGAUAUUGUUGUGUUCCGGUUUGAAGGGUGAGUGAGCCAGUGUAAUUACAGGCACAAGGGACAUAAAACCUUAGUUCCCAAGGUUGGUGGCGCAUUGGAUAUGUAAGCGAUGGUUGACAUUUCUUACAAUGCCAAUGUCUAAGAGCGUUGGUGACCACUUACCAUCAGGUGGCCCAUAUGCUCGUCCGCCUUCCUAUUCUAUAAAAAAAAAAAAUCAGUAUAUAAUACACAAUACUAUCACAAAACAUAGUAUUCGUCUCUCAAAAUCAGAUAUCAAGUAUAAUGUCAAAUAUUUGCAAACUAACUGCAGUUUUGAAGAUGAUUUGUAUAAAAUUACAAACUUUUUACUAAAAAUGCCAAAUCGUAUCAUUCGUUAUGACAGGACAAUCAUUAUUAAGAAAGAUGUCGUUUAUUAUCGCCGGCUAGUGAUCUGUUUCUAUUACAAAAAAAGUCAACUUACUUUUUAACUUAGUUAUUUAAUAAUUAUAUUAAUAUAAUACAAAUAAAGUUAUUUAUUUUA